AGCGCCUCGCCCUCGUCAAAAUCUAACGUCAAAUUUCUUUUGUACUUUUGUAGCGUAACCCUAUGGCGUAAAUUUCUUAUUUUGUUUAUUAUCCCGCGAAUUUCCAUCACACAAGCAACAGUAUUUACUAAAGCAAUCUCGCCAGAAACUAUACGUUCGCUAUACUGUGCUGAAGCUAUUGUAGUCACAGCGUCCCGACUCCCAACGCAGAUUUGUGCCUGUGAGGAACAUAGAUUACUGUAUUGUUUAGUAAGGUGUAGAGGAAAGUGGCAGUGGUAUGUCGUUGGAAGCGCGCGUAAAGGAGGAGCCCCAGGACUGUACGGAACCGGUUUUCGUAAAGGUGGAAGUGGAGUAUGAGGCCCCAGAUGAGGUGCGUGUGAAGGAGGAACCCUUGUAUGAAGACAGCGUUCCGUAUGGUGAGGACAGUGUCCCCUAUGAUGGGACAGACGAGUCGUCCGGCCUGUACUCCGAUCGUGUGGUCAAGCUUGAGGUUCCAGAGCCGGAGCACUCGCAGUCUGAUGAAGAUUAUAAGUAUGGUGGAGUGGGGAUUUCGCCCGAGCAAACCACCGAUGGGGCUGCAGGAGCGCCCGGGGGGAGCGGGGAGCGGGGCGAGCUCAUGCUGGUGCUGGAGCCCCUCACUAUGCAGGUGCACGCCGAGAGGGUCCACACGCAAGAGGAAGGGAGCGCGGGGGCGCUGGUCGAGCGACGAAAACCGAAGAAAGAGCACAUAUGUCUACUAUGUACCAAGAACUUUAAAGACUCCACCAAAUUAAAGGAACACAUGAGAUGCCACACCGGUGAGAGGCCCUACCCCUGCAACGUUUGUAAGAAAGGAUUCAUCAAAUCCGGUGAUUUGAGAAGACAUGAGCGCUCUCACACGGGGGAAAAACCGUAUUCCUGCAAGAUAUGCCAAAAACUGUUUUCUGAAUCGACCACUUUACGAAGACACGAACGGAUUAUGCAUGGCGAGAAACCUGAAGUCUCACAGGUGAAAAAAUACAAACGAUCAACCAAUAUCAAAGAAGAUGCGACGGCCAAUGUGGGCGACAAACCCUUUGCCUGUGAAGUAUGCAAGAAAUCGUUCAUUCGGGCCUGUGAUCUAAAAAGGCAUGAACGCUGCCACACGGGUGAAAAACCAUAUUCUUGUACGAUGUGUGAUAAACAGUUUUCAGAAUCGACCACUUUAAAAAGACACGAGCGGCAGCACACCGGAGAACUGCCGAGGCCACGCGACAGCCUAGAGGCGAGUAUAAGAGCGCGGACGUGCCAAAUAUGCGGAAAAUUGUUCAAGAAAUCGACUAUAUUAAAGAACCAUAUAAGAAUCCAUACAGGGGAGAAGCCUUACCAGUGCUCAAUGUGCGACAGAUUGUUCGCACAACAUUCCAACUUGAAAUCACACGAACGAACGCACACCAAUGAAAAACCCUACAUCUGUCAAGUAUGCAAAAAGCAGUUCUCACAACAUAGCACUCUGAGGAGACACGAGCGUACCCACAGGAACGAGAAACCAUACUCCUGUGAGAUAUGCAACAAGACUUUCACACAGGGCAGUACUGUAAAGAGUCAUAUGAGAAUACACACUGGCGAGAAGCCAUAUUCGUGCGGGGCGUGUGCCCGGGCGUUCACGACUUCGAGCACUUUGAGGAAACACGAACAAACUCAUACAGGGGAAACGAGCGGCGAUAGUUAACACGUCGCAUUAUUACUGCGAAAGCUGCGGACUCGAGUGCGCCGCGGUCGGUGCGCGCGCAGCCUGAAGCGCAGCAGGGGUACAGUGCUAUCUACAAUUAGAAAAAGUAAAUUGAUGUGCGAGUGAUCAAUCCAGGACUUUAGUACUUACAACUACUUUUUAUUUAGAUUUAGACAUUUAGAUUCCCAAGAUAACUUCUCGAGCUGCUGUCAAGUUACUUUCUCUAAUUGUGGUUUUCACUGUCAACUAGUCACUUCAUAAAUAUGGUGCGAGAAGAACGCCAGUGAAUACCGCAAUCGAUUAUUUAUUAUAAUUGAAAAAUAUCAUGAAUAA